CCAAGUUCCACCACCAUUGUUUGCACUAGCUUCGACCCUGCUUUCUAUGCGCAGUACACAAGCACAGGUAGGAGACAGCCAGGUUUUGUAACAAAGGAAAAUGAAGGCCUUUGCUGCUAAGGUCGAGGAAGGAAGGGAAGGUAAAAAUGGCAUGCCAUCUGUUGGUCCAGUAUACCGUAACCUCCUCUCCAAAAAUGAAUUUCCUCCAAUGGAUCCUGAUUUCAGCACCGCUUGGGAUAUUUUCAGUGUGUCGGUCAAAAAUCAUCCUCGAAACCGGAUGCUGGGAUGGCGUAAAAUUGUUGAUGGAAAGAUAGGACCAUAUGUUUGGAAAACAUAUAAGGAAGUUUAUGAUGAAGUUCUACAUGUUGGUUCUGCUUUACGAGCAUCUGGUGCUGAACCGGGCUCUCGAAUUGGAGUUUAUGGAGCUAAUUGCCCUCAAUGGAUUGUGGCAAUGGAGGCUUGUUCGGCGCACAGCUUUGUUUGUGUCCCUCUCUAUGACACCCUCGGGCCUGGUGCUGUAAAUUAUAUCAUAGAUCAUGCAGAGGUAGAUUUUGUUUUCGUACAAGAUAAGAAGGUCAAAGAGGUUUUGAAUCCUGAUUGUAAAUCCUCUAAGAGACUGAAAGCCAUCGUGUGCUUCACUUCAUUAACAGAGAAAGAGAGAGAUAAGGCCUCCACGAUUGGAAUUAAGCCAUAUUCGUGGGAAGAGUUCUUGCAAAUGGGAAAAGAAUACCCAUCAAGUAUUUUUCCACCUCAGUCUCAUGAUAUCUGCACUAUAAUGUACACAAGUGGGACAAGUGGAGACCCAAAAGGUGUUGUUUUAUCCCAUGAAAACUUAGUAGCUUUAGUAAGAGGACUUGAUCUUUUCUUGGAUCAAUUUGAAGACAAGAUGACUGUGGAAGAUGUGUAUCUAUCCUUCCUCCCCUUAGCUCAUAUCCUUGAUCGCACAAUUGAGGAGUAUUUUUUCCGUAAUGGUGCAUCUGUAGGCUACUAUCAUGGGGAUCUGAAUGCUUUGAGGGACGAUUUAAUGGAGUUAAAGCCGACACUAUUUGCUGGGGUCCCACGGGUUUUUGAAAAAGUUUAUGAAGGUAUAAAGAAAGCAGUGGAAGAACUCAAUCCAGUGAGGAGAACAGUUUUUGGCAUGCUCUACAACUAUAAACUUGGUUGGAUGAAUAAAGGAUAUAAACAGAGAAAUGCAUCACGUUUAGCAGAUCUAUUAGCCUUCAGAAAGGUCAAAGCUAGGCUAGGUGGGCGUGUUCGACUCAUAAUAUCUGGAGGUGCAGCCUUGAGCCCUGAGAUUGAGGAAUUCUUGCGUGUCACAUGUUGUGCCUUUGUAUGCCAAGGCUAUGGUUUGACUGAAACAUGUGGACCAACUACUGUUUGCUUUCCUGAUGAAAUGUGCAUGCUCGGUGCUGCUGGCGCUGUAUCUGUAUAUAAUGAAGUGCGGUUGGAGGAGGUUCCAGAGAUGGGUUACAAUCCUCUUGGAACUCCUCCGUGUGGUGAGAUAUGUGUUAAAGGGAAAACUGUUUUUACUGGGUACCACAAAAAUCCUGAGUUAACAAAGGAGAGCAUUACAGAUGGAUGGUUUCACACAGGGGACAUAGGAGAAAUGCUUCCUAAUGGGGUUCUUAAGAUUAUUGACAGGAAGAAGAAUCUUAUUAAACUUUCUCAAGGAGAGUAUAUAGCUCUUGAGCAUCUGGAAAAUGUUUAUGGAAUCACUCCAAUAGUUGAAGAUAUCUGGGUCUAUGGGAAUAGCUUCAAGUCAGUGCUGGUUGCAGUAGUAGUUCCAAAUGAGGAAAUUACCAAUAAGUGGGCAUAUUCAAAUGGUCACAUAGCUUCUUUCUCCAAACUCUGUUCUCUUGACCAAUUGAAGAAAUAUGUUCUAUCUGAGCUCAAGUCAACUGCUGAGAGAAACAAGCUGAGGGGCUUUGAAAAUAUCAAAGGGGUCAUAUUAGACCCGCAUCCAUUUGACAUGGAAAGAGACUUGGUGACUGCAACACUGAAGAAGAAAAGAAACCACAUGCUCAAGUAUUAUCAGGUGGAAAUAGAUGAACUAUACCGAAGUUUGACCGGAGAUAAGCAUAAAGCUUGAGAUUUCUAGACACGGAUAAGCCUGUUUAAUAGUCCUCUGUAACAGUUAUUCCCGUUCCUAAAUUCCCAGCUAUAAACUUCUAGUAGCCAGUACUAUUUAUAGUAUGUUGUAUGAUGUAUUAUGCAGCACCCAGCAGGUGCUGAACUAUUGUACCUAUUUGUCAAAUUGUAUACGAGAACAGUUCAUUUCGCAUAGAGAAAGAAACUAAAUUUGUUGUCAAUCCUCAUUUGAAUGACUGUUGCUU